CUUCUUUCGGCUCCCUCCUCCCUUUCUUCCCCCUCCUCCCCUUGUUCAUCCUCCUCAGCCACUACUGCAGCAGCAGAGCCCGGUGUCUCCUGGAUGGAUCCAUGAAGAAAGACCCCCCCUCCACACGGCCUGUCCCCUCCCGCGCCACGAUGAUGGGCCCCCAGCGAUUAACAGCGUCGUUGUGAUGAUGAUAUUGGGUUAUUUCAGCAAUCAAAUAUGAAUCAUGCAUUUGAUAUUUCUCGCCACUUCGCUCGUCUGCGUCCUCUCGCCUUGGCUCCAUCCAUCCCUGGCUUCAUCCGCUUCCCAAGGAGUAGAGGACAAGGUUGAGAGGGACGCAGUGUCAGCACUGCUGAAGCAACAGGCGACUGCAGCACCUGCCACAGACAACACAACACACCAUGCAGCACAGCAUGCCAUCACCUACCCCUCACGGCUGAUCUACUACCUGAAUGAGGACUCUGAGAGCACCCACCAUGACCUCAACACCCAUGCCAAGAACCAGGCCGCGGCUGACCAGACAGUCCACCUCGCCCAGGCCAGUUUCCAGUUAGAGGCAUUCGGUUCCAGAUUUGUUCUGGAUCUAACGUUGAACAAUGACCUGUUGUCUUCUGAUUACGUUGAGAUCCACUACGAAAAUGGAAAACCCGUCCUCUCGAAGGGCGGGGAACACUGCUACUACCACGGCCAGGUGAGGGGGAGCAGCAACUCCCAUGUGGCCUUAUCUACCUGCAACGGGUUGCACGGGAUGUUUGACGAUGGAGUCCAUGCAUAUCUAAUUGAGCCCUUACACCAGGCUCACUUAAUUGAUACAGCUGCAAGGCCUCACAAAAUAAAGAGAGCAGCCUCAAUUCUAUCCAGCCUCAGUUCAGAAGAACAGGUGUACGACGAUGGGGAGGAAGAUCUCUUCUCUGAGCUAAAUGAGCUAUCCUGGCUGAGGAGCAGAAAAAAACGAGCAAUGCCUCGUAGCGUCUUUGAGGAGAUGAAGUAUUUGGAAAUCAUGAUUGUUAGUGACCACAGUAUGUAUAAAAGACACAAAAACAAGCAGCACACGAAAAAUUUUGCGAAGUCAGUGGUGAAUCUUGUUGAUGGCAUCUUCAAAGACCAGCUGCACACGCGUGUGGUGCUUGUUGCUUUGGAGAUCUGGACAGACAAGGAUCAGAUCCCCAUAGGUGUGAAGCCGCUGGAAAUGCUGCGAGAUUUCUCCAAAUAUCGCCAGCAGAGCAUCAAGCUGCACGCUGACUCCGUGCAGCUCCUCUCAAAUGUGACCUUCCACUAUAGGAGAAGCAGCGCCGCGUACUUUGGUGGCAUGUGCUCUGUGAGCCGUGGAGUGGGGGUCAAUGAGUAUGGCACCACCUCGUCCAUGUUCGUGUCUCUGUCUCAGAGUCUGGCACAAAACCUGGGUGUCCAGUGGGACCCUGCAGCCAAGAGAAAAGAGUGUGGGUGUGUAAACUCGUGGAGCGGCUGCAUAAUGGAGGACACUGGGGUCCAACAUCCACAGAGGUUCUCCAAAUGCAGCAUCUCUGACUACAGGGAGUUUCUUUUGAAAGGUGGAGGCUCAUGUCUAUUUAACAGACCAACAAAGCUGUUUGAGGUGGCACAUUGUGGAAACGGAUAUGUAGAAGUUGGAGAGGAGUGUGACUGUGGACUGAGAUCAGACUGCCACAAGGGCUGCUGCAAGAAGUGUUCACUUGCUAAUGGAGCGCACUGCAGCGAUGGGCCUUGUUGCAACGUCACUUGUCUGUUUUACCCACGUGGUUACAGCUGUCGCUAUGCUGUGAAUGACUGCGACAUCUCAGAGACCUGCACUGGAGACUCUGGACAGUGUCCCCCCAACCUGCAUAAACAAGAUGGUUACAUGUGUCAAGUCAACCAGGGUCGCUGCUACACUGGAGAAUGCAAGACCAGAGAAAACCAGUGCAAAUACAUCUGGGGAUCAAAGGCUGGAAGUUCAGAGAAGUUCUGCUAUGAGAAGCUGAACACAGAGGGGACAGAAAAGGGCAACUGCGGAAAAGACGGAGACCGAUGGAUCCAGUGUAGCAAGCAUGAUGUGUUCUGUGGUUAUCUUCUGUGUACCAACGUGGGGCGAACACCGCGCAUUGGAAUGAUGAAAGGAGACAUCACUCCCACCUCCUUCAACCACCAAGGCAACGUGAUACAGUGCACUGGUGCCCACGUCCUUUUGGACGAUGACACCGAUUUAGGCUACGUGGAGGAUGGGACUCCCUGUGGGCCGUCAAUGAUGUGCCUUGACCAUAAGUGUCUGCCCAUCCAGUCACUCAACAUGAGCACCUGCCCCAUCGGGCCUAAUGGACAGGUGUGCUCUGCCCAUGGGGUGUGCAACAAUGAAGCCACAUGCACAUGUGACGCCACAUGGGCAGGGACAGACUGCAGCAUGCCUGACCCACCCAAAGAGACCGAUAUCACUACAACCGAAGAAACCAAGGUGAGCGUGGCCACUAACAGGCUGAUAGGGGCAGUAGCAGGGACCAUUCUGGCCCUGGGGGUGAUUUUUGGAGGCACAGGGUGGGGAAUAGAAAAUGUGAAGAAGCGGCGUUACGACCCCAACGCCCAGGCCAUUUAACUCAAGGAGAGGCGACAGUCGAAGACGGACUCCUCCGAGGCUUCCUUAGUUGGCUACCUGACAGCUGGACUGCACUUACUGCUGCUGACUUUUUUGGCAUUAGAUUUACUUGAAAAAGACAUAGUGGACAUUUUAACAAUUUCCAUUGUAGUGACAUUAAAAUUGCAGCCUUUUCAACUCCACAUGUAACUUCCUUUCCCUUCCAACUUCUCCAUUUAGUGCCAGUGCACAAGCGUUCAGGUGGAAUCCACACCAUCCUCUCACCUGGCAUGACUUUACACACAAGGUGUGCUGCUUGCUGGCCCUCCUUGGCAUGAAAAGCCCUUUCUUUAGGGCUCAGCAUGGCUAACAAAGCUAUGAAUAUAGCGCAUUAAAACAUACAAAGACAAAAAAAAUGACUUAUCUAUUGCAGGAGAAAGCCUCGUUAAAAACCAAACACACUGGAAAACCAGUUUAAGCUCAAUUUCCUCUUUUAGGUGCUGCAUGUGAGGACAAUGCAGACCAACUAACAAAGAAAAACACAUAAAAUGACACACCAAUAAGGAGUUCGGGUUUUUAAUCGACUGCUUAUUUCACAAUGACCUCAGCUGCUUCCUUUUUCUAUCUUAGCAUGUUUUACAGCAGACAUAACUGAAAUAAAAUCCAAGACAGGCUUGUAGGAUUUGGGCCAGACAGAGGAGAAACAUGCAGCUCUAGAGGGAUCCAGACUGCAAUCAGGUCUGGAAAGACCUCCCCCCUAAUGAAGCAAUGCUAAUGGUGACUCAAAAGCCAAAGAAUCAAUCACCUGAACAGAUGGAUGUUGUUGCACACAGAGCACUUUCCCUCCCACUCUGUCUGCAGCCAGUGGUGCCUCCCCAACCCCCACUGGUGAGGGCAUGAAGUCUGUCCACGCAGGCCUUUGCCUGCCCAGGCAGGUCCUCAUCAGCACCCACCUUGCUGGCAUUAGCCUUUUUUGCUCUCAUAAACCACUGAGUAGGAAUCAAGUUUGGCUCUUCUGAUAAAGCUGCAUGCAUGCAAUCACUGUAGUGGGCUUAUAAUUCUAUAUGGGAUUCCCCCAAAAAAUCUGCAAGAAAAAUAUGCUACAAAAGAUAGGAGCAUGUCGACAACCAGAACAUUUAACUUUUAUUUACUAUGCAAAGAGAGAUAUUGCACAAAAAGUAUGGAUAAUAGUGACAUCAAUGUAGACAUGGAAUUACAAAAAAAAAAAACUCAGCUGAUUACUCUUUUCUAUCUGGCCUCUCCAACAUCUUGUUUCAUUUUGCUUCGAACUGUGGGUGAGCAUAAACUAAAAAUUCAAAACAAUAAAAAAAAAUUAAAUCCACAUUUCCAGCGUAAAGCAAGAGAGCGCCCUUUUACAUUUGUGGAAAUGUAAGUCAUUUCUCGUCUGUUAUUUAUUUAUUUAUUUAUUUAUUUUCAUGCUGUUUAAAAUUUUUAAUCAGACACACAAGCGAACUGUGUGGUGCCUGCGCAUAGCGAGGCCAGAACAGUUUCAACAUGCAAGUCCUUCAUCAUUUCCAGUCCAGCUGAUAGUUGGUGUGCCAGUGCUGCCAAAAGCACUGGCAUUGUUGUGAUCCUCCAUGUUGCUCAUCGUCUGGUGUCCCUCUCUCACUGCAUCAUGUACAGUUGGACCCAUUAAUAAACUACUGACUAAUUUUA